UCAUUCUUAAUUCUUGAUUAUUUUAGUAAACAUAUAUUUCGAAUGUGUAUAAUUGCAAGAACUAUCAUCUUUGUCACGUCCAAUAUUUGAAUAUAGAAAACAAAUCUCCAUAACUAGAAUACUUUUUUUUGUAUUUUGAUGAUAAACUAAAUUUCGUCGCAUUUCAUCUUAAUUGGUAUUUAUAUAAGUUUAUUCGUACACAUAAAAACAUAUCAUCUAAUUAAUUAAGAUUGCAAAAAUAUUUAAAAUGAUUUUGAUCCAACAAUAAUUCAAUGUUAUAGGUCCUUCAUCUACGGACGUCCCUCUCUUAUGGAUUGGCCAAUGACUAAUGGCUAUUCUUGUCAAAUUAUAAGUCGCACACAAACAAAAGAUAUCCUCUUGUGGUUUCUUUCUUCUCAACGCUAUUUUUUCGUUUGUGUGUGAUUUAUUCGGUUUAUCCUUGGUUCAAGCUGAUCAUCCUCAACAUAUCAACCUUGUAAUUAAAUGGAGGAUGAUAUAGUAGUACCCUUAAACGUUCAUUGUUGAUCCUUCUUCAUCUUUGAGAUCAAUAAUGCCUGUGCCAGAUCCACAGGCGGGGAGGGCAUUCAUCUGUCUCAUUACCUUGUUUCUUUUCUUGUCCAUAGCUGUCGGAGGCGGUUGUCUGAUUGCAUACACAAUCCUACCUUACCCUCCAAUAUGGCUCUCUUACCUUGGCAUUUUCUUUGUUUGUCUCCCUUGGUUCUUUUGGAUUCUAACCUUUGUAUACCGCAUCAUUUCACGCACUUUUGGAUUUAGGAUGGUCAUUGGAUCCGGUGGUAAUGAUAACACCGCGAACAGAGAGACCAUGCCAUCUGAUCUUGACCCUCCCGAAAAAUCAUUAGAGCCUCUUGAUAAUGAUGAUCCAGAGGAUAUAGCUCAUCCACAAGGCCAAGUUCUAGUGUCCAUGGAAGGGAACCAAUCAAAGAAACGAAUGUCAACCUCAAGUGUUGGUUCACAUGAAAGUGAGAUGCCAUUAGCCAUUUCUAUGGCCUCAUGAUCAUAAAUAUUUUGAUACAAAAUGUGAUAUUGCCAUAGACAACAUGAAGGAGAUACUAACCAGAUUCGUAGCCUCUUGAAGAUAUGGGAAUUUUUGUUGUUUUUAGAUUUUAUAGGGUAGAUAAACAAUUGGUAUUUAUGUAACUAUAUUGUAUAUAUCUGUAACUAGUUUGGUAAUGUAAUUCUGUUGCGAAGCCUUCGAUUUUAGGGCUGAGAGU